GUAUCAGCCGCUGUUCCUGGAGAAUCAAGUAUAACUACCUCAGUUGGUUCACUCCUUUACGAUCGUUUCACGAACCCUCAGCGUGCACACAAGUUUUUCAAGGAUGGACCGACACUCACCUACAAGCCAUCUUCAUCGUUUAAUGCUAAUAAGAACAAGUCCUGGUGGGAACUCGAUAUAGUUGGAAGAGCACCAGCAUGGGCAGAUAUGGCGGCGGUGCUCGUUGUUGAUCUCAUUUACCAAGAGAUGAGAGUGCUGGAAAAACAUAGCAAGAUUGAGCCAUUGAAAUGGGCUAUGUGGAGGAUGUACCUUAUAACCAAAUUUGACACUCCUGCGUUUAUUUCGCAUGAAGAGAUGCGAACGAUCUGUACAAAAUGGAGAAAAGAGCAGGCAGCCAUGCGGGAAAAGUCGGCUGCAAACGGUAAAGGAGCCCGGGAUUAUCGUUUCAUGGCUACAGCUAGGGCUUGCGACAUAAUUAGCAAAUAG